UUACCCACCGUCUUGGAUACUCCAGUUUCACCGUUGAGAAACAUCAACAUAGUAACCCGGGAAAGGCGAUCACAGACGCGGGUAGCGGCAUUUCUUUCUUGGAAUCUCACAGCUGACCUGGAUAUUUGGUUGCUCGGACCAUCGCCGAGACGACAACAAUGGGUGCAUGUCGCUAGAAAAAGUUGCUAGCUUAGUUGGCACAACUGCGAGCUAACAUUGGUUUGCUAACGUUAGCUGGCUAACGCUAACGUUAGCAAACAGACAGCUGAACGAAACUGAAGUCUGAGAAGUUAGGGUCGUCUUAUCAUGAGGACGUGAGCAUGAAUGUGGACAUCUAGACACCUCGGAUCAUUUCACUUAAGGUGACUGGGAGAGAUGAGGAGCAGCAGGAGGACUGAGGUGUCUGCUCAGCAGCUUACCGAUCACAAUAUUGGCACAGAGCUAAGAACUGCAUGGAAAAGUUUGGCUCAGUCCAAAGCUGCUUUGCGGCAUAUAGAAAACCGUCUAGAGGCAGUUCCAGGGACAGGGGUUCUCCUGGACUCAGUGAUGGACCCCCCCAAGGAUAAGGUGUCCAGGACUGUGCGCUGCAGAGAUUGGCAACAAGCUGAUGACAAUCAAGGGUCUUCGAAGCGCAAAGGGUAUAGUCAGCAGAGUCCAGAAAAGAGCAGCUCACGCAGCCCACUGAGAAAUACUACCCAGGAUAGCAAUAUCUGCAGGAAUAGUGUGGAGUUCAGGGAACCACUGGCUUCGUACAGAGAGGCCACCCCUCCACCACAUCCAUCCUCUCAGCUGGAGUCCUACAGCCUGCACUCAGUGCCAGGGUCUUCAUACCCAUCCUCAGAUCCUCUGCUAAGCCAGCUGGUGUACCAGAGGGACACCAGGGACAAGCAGACGGACAGGGACCUGGACAGCACACACUCCUCUGCUCUGGGGAGCACCGAGGUCCGCUACCUCAAUGACCAGCCGGCCCUGGACACCCUGAGGACUAUUGGAAACCAGUCACAUCUCACAGGAACCCCUGCAAGGGAGGGAGCUGAGGAGGGAAGCACUCCCAAAGCACAACUUGACAUGGAUGGCAGAGAGUCAAGCCCAUGUCUAGCUCCAGCCCUAGGCCCCACACGCCGAGGGGAGAGCACUCCCUCCACUAGCCCUGGCUCAGCUUCCCAGCGCUUGGAGAACCUAAGGCGUCACCAGCCUGAUGAUAAACUGGAGAAGCUCAAAGAGCGAAUUCGAAGGCAGAGACAACAUCUGGAGGAGGCUGCAGAGAGAGAGAAGCUGCUUGGUUUUCUGGAACAGCCCAUUAUGACAGCUGUGGAGAGUAACAACACUGGUACCAGCAACAUGCCCACAGCCAAAAUACGGAAAGUAGCAGCUGCGCCACCUGCACCUAUUUACAAAGGUUUCAACAGUACUGAGACAAAGAUCCGGACACCUGACGGGAAAGUGUGGAAGGAGGAGGAGUUUCAUAACCUCAGCAGAGAAAUAUACAGAGACCUGUCACGGCAGUUUGCUGAGAGCACCAGAUCCAGACAUCAGCAGCAGAGGGAACAGAGGGCAGACAGGUCCAAAGAGAGGAGACCUCCCAAACCAGUCAGGAAAGUCCACAGAGCUGCCCCUGUGUCUGACCUAAAUGCAAAACCAGUGAUAAGCCCUGCAUCGUGGCGGGACGGCCAGAAGCUGGUAAAGAUGGUACUGGGUCCAGGUCCCAGGCUGCCCAGGGAGGAGCAGACAUCCCAUCCAGCUGACGGACUGAGCAGAACAGCUUCCCAUCACCGCUCCAGUUCCGAUCCACGCUCAGAUUCAAAGCGACGAUCUCGCCCUAACAGCACAGAGAGGCCUUGCGGUGGUUUUCAGGGGCAAUCUAAAAACCGCUCCACAACAACACCUGCCCUCUUGUCUGCAGCUCAGGACAAGGUGCCAGUGGGUGCAAGCACAGACCUGUUGUCAGCAGACAUUCAGGGGAUACUUGAUGACCUCCAACUGGAGUGUAAAGUAGCCGAGAGGGAGGAGAGGGCCCGGCAAAGGUCCCGGGGUGGGAGCAAUGGUAGGAGAGGGAGAGGGGGAUCUGGGUCACGAACAAGGACUCCAGUGUCUGCUUGGGGACCCACUGUGGCAACAGGUAGCUCCUCAAGAGGAUGCCGCAGUGCCAGCCCCACUGCACGCAAACCAGAAGAUGCCAAUAUGGCCGGCACGGGGCACAAAAAGCGACACUAUGAUGCGGAUACUGUUCGGCAGUACAUUGCCCGGCAACAGGAGGAGAGAAAGAAGCGUCAGGCAGAGGAGAAGAGGGCACUGAGGGAGGAGACAGAGAGGAGAAACCAGAGACUGCAAGAGCUCUACAAGAAGCAAAGAGACGUUGCUAAAACAGUGGUCCUUCCCAGCGAGGCACCUGUGGCCCCUGUACAAAGGCGACUACAGGAGACCUACAACAAACUGCUGCUGGAGGAGGCGCGGCUGGGAGAGGAGGCCACACAGACGUACCCUGCUGCUCCUUCUAGUCAAACGAGACCGAUGUACCAGCCCUCUGGAGAGUCAGAUAAAGAGAACAAAAGACUAGAUGCACCACAGAGUCCCUCCAGCAGUGAUAGGUCUUUAAACGAUCAGCCACCUCCUCCAUUAUCCAGGAAUGAUCUGGAUGUUGGAGUUGCCUCUUUGCUUCAGCCUGACCGUCUGAGCCCUGCUGUUCGGCCUGCAACCGGUCCCAGUGGCAGUAUGCUAGCUCCUUUUAGUGACCAUCUUCUCUCUCAGCUUCUCAGGCUGGAGACAGCAGCGGCUGGCGGCGACCUCAAGCACACCCAUCAGCCAGCCACAGCGCCCUCUAGCAGGUCGCACUCCAAGAUGUCUCGCAUCGAGGCCCUGAAGGCCACGGCUGCAUCACUGUCCAAUCGUAUAGAGAGUGAGGCGCGGAAGCUUGCAGGGGAAGGGAUCAACUACGGUACAGCAACUUCAAUGGACAUGGACACUAUUGUGGCUCCUCAGCCGACUCUGGCUAAUCUUGAUGGUGGAUGCUGGACAGAAACAGCUGCCACGGAAAAUAAUGAUGUGUCAUUAAGGAUCCAGAGGAUUUUGACUAGCACAAGUCAUAGUUCAUAUAAUAGCACAGCUCUUCCAGGAGUAGGCAAUCUGCAUGCCUUCAGGGGACAGAAAGAGAGGAAGGGUACACACACCAGUUUUACCAAUCCACAAAUUUCUGGUGACGUAACAGGGCCUAUUCUCAAUAGUUACACACCAGAGAGGAAGAAACUAGUCAAUGGCUUGGAGAAGGUUGAAAGAAUGGAUAAAGUGGCACAGAGGAGAAGCUAUGACCCGGAGGAGAAUCGGACAGAUCUCCAUGACUCAAGUGGUGGUUCCAUCAGUGAGGGUCCCUUACUGAGUGAGGGGAGUUUUUCAGAGGAUGAGAUAAGCCCUCCUCACCCCUCCAGCAAUCGUGUGUCUAGACCAGCAGAUCGUCUGGAGGCAGUGGACUACUGUGCCGCUCAAAGAAGGGACUACCAGCGGCUGACUGAGUUCCAGAGAGAGGCAGCAAGGUGCUCGGCCCUCAGCUCCCCAUUUGCUCAGCAGGACAGCAGUAAAGCAGCCUGGGAAGAGCUGAACAAAGGAAGCCCUUUAAGCGUAAUCAACAUUUUCACCAAGAACCUUCAUGGCCAUGUUAAAGCGAGUGAGAGGAACUCUCCCUCUUCCCAUUCCUUGCACUCUGGAAAUGGCCUCGGAGACGCAGGAGCCUAUGAAGAUGACUUUGUGUCAUCACAUAGCAGCAGAGCUACUGGUCAUUUAAAGAGAGGUUCCAAUUCACCCAGCGUGAACAGUCACUUUGAGGAGCUGAUGAGGAGGUCUCCCUAUGAGAAAAGUACAGGGGGAUUCAAUUCCCACCAUUCAUCCUUUCACUCAUCUAUACACUCACCACAUCUUUCCUCUGGUUCAGCAUCUUGCUCCUCACCCCUCUCUAAGCACUCUGCCAGAAAAAGAGGCACAGCAUCAGACCAGAGUGAUGCCACCCUGGUGGAAGAGCAGAGGAGCUCCUGCUCACCUGCCUCAGAGGCAUUGUCCUCUGACUCCAGGAAGAGGGGCUCAGACAAAAGCUCUGCCCAUAGCCAGGCAAAGAGUGUCCACUCCAGUGACACUUUAGGAGAAACCUCAGGGCAUUCUCACCAAAGUUUGGGGCUAGAGGGUAAGAAGUCCUCAGCGGCCAAGCCCAGACGCACUUCUCCUUCUGGAUCUCCAGACCCUGGUUCCUCCCCAGGAGCAGACCCUUCCAGUGAGCCUGUAAGAGGUGGUUCUCUGGGGGUAAAUAACGUGAAUACAGGUACCGCAGCUCGCAGUGGUAGAGCAGAAACCAGGACCACAGGUGAACUACAGUAUUCACCUGCUGUCCUACAGCAGCGUAUGGCAGCAGAGCUCCAGUACCUGGAGUCCGUUGAAGAGUCAGUCCGACAGCUGGGCGACGUGGAGAGGCUGAUGGGUGUGUCCAUGGCUCAGCAGGAGAGUGCGUCAUUGGCCCAAAUGCUCAAGGCCAAGCAGCAGCGGCAUGAGCGUGACCUCUAUGAGCUGAAGAUCAAGGCUGAGAGAGAAGCCCUGGAGACAAAGCUACAGCUGGAGCAAAACCGCCAGAGAGUGGCCAGGGCUCAUAUAGAACUGCAGGAGAGUUUGGCAGCGACUCAAAAAGAGACUUUGGAAGGCAUCCAGGAGGCGACUACCAAGAUGAUGAGUCAACAGGCUGAGGCAGCACGGUACACAGCCGACGCUGCCCGACACAUCAAGGAGAUGACAGACUUGGCGCGGUCGCAGAUGGCAGGAGCCUUGGUCGUCCCCCCUGUCGCCGCCGACUCCUCCAUGUCGGACCAGCAGGAAGAAGAGGAGAGCUCCUAUACAAGACAGCAACAGGAUAAAGCUGACUCUGACAGCUUCCCGAGUGAGGUGUCAAGCAGGAGGACCAGGCCAGACGAACCUCUGUCUUCGCUGAACAGCCUCAGUCACUCUGACUCUCUGUCCUUCAGAAGACCCAACAUCAGCGGGGCAGAUUCCAGCAGCCACCAUAGCCCGUCACACGUCUCUUCAGACCACAAAGAGCGGACGAAAAAAGAAGCGGUAGAGGGGAAAUGGAGGAAGGGGGGAGCUGAGGGGAGGACGGAGAGGGAAGCAGGCAGCAGCUCCAUCGAGGAGGAGGUUCCUACAGCAGCAAAUGACUCCCUCUGCAGUGACAGCAUCCCCUCUGUAUUGGAUGAGAAAGGAGACAGUACAUCAGUGGCAACAGAAUACUCUCUCAAGUUUGAUGAGUCCAUGACAGAGGACGAGAUAGAGGAGCGAUCAUUCCGCUCCCUGCUGCCAUCUGAGGCGCACCGCCGUGGAACUAUGGAGAAAAAGUCUCGCCACCACGAGGAAUCAGAGGAUGAUGGUGCCAGUCACAACACAACAUUAGCUCUCAGGGGCACACAAUAUCUUGAAGGUGAAAAGUCUCAAGAUGCAAACAUGGCCUUCUCUGGUGGACAGGAUAGCUUUUCCCAGUUCACCAUGGACAUGGUGCGUCAGUACAUGAAGGACGAGGAGGUGAGACUACAGCACCAGAGCUCUCUGCUGCGUCUUCGCCAGAAGGCUCUCAAAGAGAAGACGAGAACUGAGCUGGCCUGGCUGGAGCACCAGAAAAAGAGGCUGAGGGACAAGGGAGAGGAUGACAAAAUGCCACCAAUCAGGAAGAAGCAGAGGGGCCUUCUGAUGAAACUACAGCAGGAGCAGGCUGAGAUCAAGCGACUCCAGGAAGCAAACAAAGCAGCGAGGAAGGAAAGGCAGCUGUUACUGAAGCAGCAGGAGGAGAUUGAGCGGAUGAGAAACUCUACACUCAGACUGAAGGAGCGUCUCAAGUGUGCUGGGGGGGAAGCACCACCCGAGACUCCUGUGUCAGAAACACCCAUGUCAGAGCCAGCCUCCCCCGGCAUGAGACAUGCCGAUGAUAACCGCAGCCCCUCUCCCUCGCUUUCCAUCUCUGGAAGUGAGACAAGCAGCAUCAUGCAGAAGCUGAAGAAGAUGCGCACUCACAUGGAUGAGAAACACUGCUCUCCUGUCCACUACUUCUUCUCUGUGUUCACGGCCCAGCACUGGGCCUCCCUCAGUGUCUGUCUUCCCAACCUCCACCCUAAAUUCCAGCUCUUUAUCUACAACCAGUUGGUCAGGUUCCUGACCAAACGGGAGCAGCAGCUGAUGCAUAGACGUCGUCAUGCUGAGGAGCUGCUUCAGUGGAAACAGCGUCUGGACCAAGAGGAGGCGGAGGUCCGCAGGAUGGAGAAAGAGGCGCUGGCUGUCUGGGACCAGCAGACGUCUCGCGACAAAGAUCGUGACGAGUCAAAGAAUCAGAAAAACGAGAUCUCUGACAUUAGCCAUCGAAGCUCAGAGCCCAGAACUGACAGUGAGAAAGAGUAUGUGAGUGAGGGCGACUAUUCCUCAGUGACACCUGAGUCCAGCAUACACACAGAAGGAUUGGGGUCCCAGCAACCCAGAAGCCCCUCCUCAAAACCUGCGUCAGUUCCUGAAACACCUUUGGCCUCCGUGCAGAGCAGCCCUGCGAAUUACACCCAAGACUUCACUUCAGCUUCACCAUCACCUAGCAGACAAUCUGCCCAGUCUUCUGCAUUCAAAGGCAGCCACAGCCCUGCUGCCUCUCCUUCAGAUGGCAGCAGCAAAACCAAGAUGCAGCUUCGCUCCACCUCCUGGCCCGCCAACCAGGCCCGCACUCAGCCAACUGACUCCCCUAUGGCCACGCAGACUGAACCCAUUUCAGACCAGAGUGACAUAGAGAGUCGUAUCAAGGCCCUGAAGGAAGAACUCAGAAAACGAAAGUUUAUGGCCUACCAGCUGAAGAAAGAGCAGAAGAAGAGAAACAAGGAGCGCCUGAAAGCAAAGGAGGCCAGCCUGCUGAAGCAGCUGGAGACCUAUAACAACUUCAUAGAGAAAACUAAGGCAGAACUGAACAAGGAGCCAGACUCAACACCUGAUACAGAGACCCAGAUCAAGGAUUCCACAUCAGUCGCAGAGCAGUCCAGUAUCAUACCACCUUCUCACAGGUCUGAAAGCAGCCAAGUCUCUAACUUGGAAAGGACACAAACUGAUGCUUCAUUAAACCACAAUGCCCCUCCUCAAGUUGAUAAUAGUAGAUCCACCUCGGUGCCCUAUGAAUUAUCUGAUGACGACCCACCAACUGUCACUCCAACCCCAGUAUAUGGCAGUCCAGAGCAUCCAACCUUAGGACUGAGAAGCCGUCAGUCCACUGUUGAUAUUUUAAGACCUUCCUCCAAGGAAGGCAAGACACAAAUUAUUGAGUCUGGGGAUGAGAACAUAGUGUCUGAUCAAAGAUCUGAAAUUCAGGAAGAGCUUGAGGUGGAAGUAAGCUCCAGGUUGGAGGAUCAACACUCUGAACGUCUCCUCAAACUAGAAAAAGAAGACAGACCAGACUCGCAGGAGAAGCUGCCUACAUCUAAACAUGCCUCUUCUUCAGUGAGUGAAGAACAUCGAUAUUCUCCAUCUGAACCAAAGGAAACAUCCGAAGCAGAGGAUGCUGUAAAACCCACAGCUAAGUCACAUUCACCACAUCCAAGCUACAGCUCUUCAUCCAGUGAUCCCUCCUGCCUCCCUGACUCAGUCGGCCUCUCCUCAAAGAAGGAGGCACCUAUUAAAGAUGCUGAAGCCUCCUCUCCCUUGGCAGAUGGCUAUCAUGAUGACUUUGAGUCAUCAGCUGAUUCAUCACCCAGGGAGGACCAUCACAGUCCCAAGCCCGAGUCUCAAACCUUAGUUUCCUCGACUGAAAUCAGUUCACAAAAGGACUGCCCUAGCAGAGCUACUCCAUAUGACAGCCAAGAUGAGGAGGUAGAGGAGGAGAUAUCUGAGGAACUGAGUCAUCAUUCUGGCACAAGUGAACCUAGCCACCAAUCUGAGAGACUGCUUGAUCUCCACAUGCAGACAGAAGACUCCAAACAUGAUAAUAAGAGCAUUAAUUCCAGCCACUCACCACCCAUCUCUCCAUUGCAGACCUCCCUCUCUCCUGCUGUAGAUGAAAUGCCUAGUUUUAACAUUGGAGAUCGGGUUCUUGUUGGCAGUGUUCAGCCUGGUACUCUGAGAUUCAAAGGUCCAACCAGCUUCGCUAAUGGCUUCUGGGCUGGUGUGGAGUUAGAUAAGUCAGAAGGGAGCAACAACGGCACUUACGAUGGAGUGGUAUACUUUAUGUGUGACGACUGCCACGGUAUCUUUGCCCCUCCAGACAAAAUCACACACCUCCCAGACAAGUUUGAGAUCUUCACAGACACCACGGAAGACGAGGACUCGUUCUUUGACGAUCUGUCAGAUAAAGGCGGGGAAAAAAGUAAAACAGAUGAGAAUAAAAACAGACAGAAUCAAGGAAAUCUUAAGAAUAAAAAUGAAGAGACAUCUCAUGAGGACUUUGGAUCUGGAGAUAAAAAGAUUACAGAUGAUUCUCCUCACAAGAACCAGACCUCACUGAAGGCCAGAUCCCACAUCAAUUCACAGCAUCACAAAGAAUCAGAGCAUCCCAUUUCGAAUGGCAACAGUCGGGACAUAAUGUUGGAGCUUGACAAUGCACCAACCACUCUCCUCAUCUCUGACAUGGACAAGUUUGGCCUAGGGAAGCAGAAUCAGAAGGAGGUCACGACCCUUGUUGAGAGAGAAGACAUAGACUCACAGCACCAGUUUACUCCUGCUGAUCUCACCACAGACAUCAGGGAUGUAAAGGCAGAAGAGAAGGUCACAGAUUCACUGGACACAUUUGCAGACAAGCUCUUCAGCAACUUUGUGAAAGACACUGUGAAGCAGUUUGCUGAAAUUAAAAAGGCUAAAGAGAAGAAGAUAGAGGCUGCCAAUCAGAUGAAUGGGGAUCUUUUUGGUGAAAAUAUUGAAGAAGAGGAGUGGAUCUCUUCAGUGGAACAAAAAGAUGGUCUGCCUUUCUUCUUACCUGUAGAAAAAGAGGAGCUGUCUUCUCCAGAGCUGUGUAACCGACCGGAGAGUCCAGUGUUGGGAGCCAGCGGUCAAGAGGAGCUCGCCAAGCGACUGGCAGAGCUGGAACUGAGCCGCGAACUGCUGGAUGAGUUAGGUGACGAUCAGGACUGGUUUGAUGAGGACUUUGGUCUCAGUUCCCGUAGGGAACAGCAGAGGCUUAAACAAAAGCAGAGAGAGGAAGAGGAAGAGGCAAGGCUAGGGGGAGGAGUGCUGGGAAAGUCUGGCUCAUCAGCCGGAGCUGCUAUGGGGGGGCUGGUCUCAUCAUCAGGUGGAGAACAGCAGGUAAAGACUCCGCCUAGACCCGAGCUUCCUCUUCCCCUGCCUCCUAAACUACCUGAGCAGCCCGCCAUGGUGGUGCCCCACUCAGCUGCAGAGGUGGAGAAGAUGGUCCACGCUGCCACUCAGGAGAUCUGGGAGAGCUGUGGGCUGGGGAAGGGGGGAACAGUGACUCUUACACGCCUGCCAAAACCCAAACCUUCACAAGAGUAUUUGGGUGAAGAGGCCAACAGCCAAGACCAGGAGGCCCUCUCCAUCCGCAGCUACAGAAAGGGUGUGUAUGACCUGACAUGGGAGAUGCUUCAGGAGAUCUAUGCUGAAGACCCCAAUGCUGAUCAGCCUCAGUGGGUCAAACCACGGCGAAUCAAGGCCUCCUUGUUCCACAGAGUUAAGUCACCUGGAAACGUCACCAAAAUCCAGGAGUUCAUCACAGCAGAAGUGCUGAAACUGUACGGCCUCACAAAGGAUCACAACCAGAAGACCGACUGGCAGAGGAUGCUCAAAUUUGGUAGAAAGAAGCGGGACAGAGUCGAUCACAUACUGGUGCAGGAACUCCACGAGGAGGAGGCCCAGUGGGUCAACUACGACGAGGACGAGCUGUUCGUCAAGAUGCAGCUGGCAGACAGCAUCUUUGACGCGUUGCUCAAGGACACUGCAAACGUGCUGACGCUAAUCUAUGACAAGAGGGCCAAAAAAGACGGUCCCUCCUGACAGCUUCCCUGCUUAGAUUUUAAACUACAACCUCUAGCUCAAUCCCAGUCUGCCCUCACUCCAGUGAGCUCCAGCCAACCUACCGCCGCUUGGUCUUCCACCAGCUGACGUGCCAGCAGCGACCCUCAGAUGCCUUUGAUCCCUGCAUUACCUCUCGGCUAAACUACUCCUACUUGUUUCUGUGACAUUACUUUGCUGAAUUUGCUUCAGCUAACUGUAGUGGUUACACAAUUUGUUUUUACACACAAAACGCCUCUUGAGCAAUCCUUAAACCUUAACCCCAUCUCGUCUCAGUUCUCACCUCCUGGACUGGUCCUUUUCUAAAUAACCAGUUGGAGAAUGAGCAGAUGUUUUGAUAGGAUGGUCUGUGCCAUUUGUUAGCAUUUAAAAUCAGUUAAUGCUGCUAAGUUAAUUGUUCCACAGGGGACUAAAAUAUAAAACCCACCUGGAACAAAAGUAGGUUGUUAUAUAUUGUUUUGAAUCCUAAAUAUAUAUUUAGAUUCAAAAAUUCUAAUAGCAGAUAAAAUAUAUAGUGAAGUCUGUAAGUGAUUUGACAGUGACACUUUUUUUAUUGUUUUGACUUUGUAAUCCAGCACAUUGAAUUACACAGCAACUAUGAGGUUGAAUUGGCAACUUUUAUUUUUAAUUUCAGGUUGUUUUUUGCAUCAGUAUUGUUUGAAGUGUAGCCUUUUAUACAUACUUCCCCAUUUUAGGGAACUGUAAGCUUGCCUUAAAUCAAAACUGUUUUCAGGGACUUUUUACUGUUCAGCCUGGACUUCAGUGAGUGAGAUGUUUCAGUUGGACUGAGGUCAGGUGACAUCUGCAACUUAGUCAAAAACAUUUGACUGUGUAGCCCUAAAAGCUGCUUGUCCAUUUUGGCUAUAUGUUUAACAUCACUGUCCUGCUGCAUAACCUUUAAUUUGGGGAACGAUGUAUGAAAAAAAAUCCCAACACUGUUCACCUAAUAAGGAGAUGAACUCCUUUAAAGUUCAGUCAGCACUCUAACUUCAUAAUCACUGCUGAAUCUCAAACCCAGUGUGCUGGAGGACAGCUAAGACGAUAAAAAUGUGUCACUCAUAUAGUACUUUCAGACCACACUGUGUCUGAACUUCACUGAGUUCAGAUAUUGUAAGAAACAUUUUUCCUCCUUAAUUAUAUUAUUUAUUGUGAGAAAAUGUUUAAUUAAAGGAGAAAGGAACAUUGGGAAUUGUAAAUGAUCUUGUCGACAUAUAGAUAAAAGAAACUUUUAACAUUGUGUAAAGAAAAUUUAAUGGAAUUGUAAAAGCACAAACAGAAAUGUGAAUGUGAAUACGGCAAUACAUUAUGUAGGAGGUUUAAAGAACGCUGUCGAAAUCAGAAAAAAACACAUGGGGAAAUCUGUUUUAAUAUUUAAAGGUUGUACUGUUAAGAAUUAAACUGUAUGAUUUUGUUGUGGCCACAACUUUCAGUUUGGUCAAUACAAUCGUUGUGUACCACUUCCAUACUAUAUGUUCAUAUUUUGAAACAUACACUAUGUACCAGUGUGAACAGGUUGAACACAAAUCUCACCUACUCUAGGGAAAUAGUCAUCCAGUGAUUUGUUGUUUAUUAUUUUUGUGUUGUUAUUGAAACUGUAGCCACCCAUUAACAGUGUUUUAAUUUUUUUGUUCUCACUGCCACUAGCUCCUCAGUUUUUUUUUUCUUUUUUGUUUCUUUUUUUGUUUGCAUUUGCCACAUUGUGGGACAUAAGUGUCCAUCGGUGUCACUCUAGGAAAUUCAGUGUGCAUGUUGUCAUUUUUAAGAUUUAAUCUGUUUGUGUGAGCACACUACAAACUCAAAACAUACUUUAGUAUGCAGUAUGGAAGUGGGAUGCUAAAAAUCACAUUAUAGGACAGUUCUGAAAUGCUGAAUUUGAGCCUUACUUAUUCUACAGUCCAUUUACUUUCUGUGUACUGAGAAGACACCCGUAGCUGUCUUGUUUCGUCAUCAAUUAUCCUGAAACAAGUUUCUGUAACUGAACAUUGUUGAGGCCCCCCCCCCCCCCCAAAAAAAAAAAAACAUUGUGUAGCAGCGUGGCUCAGUGCUCCACUUGCAGCUGUGAAACAUCUGGCUUUCACAGCAAUCAACAAGUUGAGACCAGCCAUCAGAAUGUAGCCAGACAGCAGAGGUCGUCUUUCUCGAUGUUCGGUUUAAGUGCCUCUUUAAGUUGGUCGUAACAAACUUUGUUGAUGUGUCUGUAUCCUUUGGACCUAUUUUCUUUGAAUGUCUCUUUUCAACUGCUGUAUACUACCAUUUUGUAAAUGAUCCUUGAAUGACUGCUCUUCCUUCUAACCGGUUUACCAAUACUUCAUUUCCUGCCUUAUCAGUCUCUCUGUAUCAAAGGAUAGAGUAGCAGAGGAAGUUUUUUUUAUAUCUUCUCAUUUUCCUGUGCCUCGGCUCUGAGGAAGUGUUUGUGAUGCUAACAGAACAGCUGACUCACUCUAAAGGUUACCUGCCCCUUGUCCAUGUCAAACCCACACAUCUGUGUAUAUAGACACAGUUUAGUCAUUUUAUUGAUAAACUGUAUCAGGAACUAGUUUGUGGACACUCCACACACACACACACACACACACACACACACACACCACACACACACACACACACACAAUGGCGCCAGCCUACAGGCUGCACAGAGUGAGUCACUGAGCUGAUGAGACUGAGCACGUAGGACUGUAUCCAAGGGCUUAUUCUGGUCCUCACCAUCAGCGCUGCUUUGAUCCUACAAACUGUGUACAAAUGCUUUGUGGCAUGUGUGACAGAGCUCGUUCAUUCUUACUGACUGUUUGGAGCUAAAGUGACCUUAAACUGAGUUCUUAAUGGGGUUUUUUCUUUCUACUGUCAUUGUUUUAACUGUCGGUAAGGUGUAUGUUCAAACUGUAAAUUAUAUAAUGUAGAAAAAGACCAAAAACAUUUGAUACCAAUUUCUCCAUGCUGUAUGACUUGUAUGUCUGGUCUGUAGGCAUAUGUAACUGUAAUGGUGACUUGAUCAGUAUCUUAGAAAUAUUUUCUGCAAGGCUUUAUUGCAACCCCUCUAGGAUUGUCCUUUGAAUUGAUUGUAUGUUGGAGGAAGUUAAGUUCUCCUCUGUAACUAUGCAGUACUUGGUCUUAUGCAUUGUUUUAUAUGUAUGGACCAAACAGCUUAGACUUCUGCUUUUAGUCCGUAGAUUAAAUAAAUCAUCAAGAAGCUUGAAACCUUUCGGUGUAGGAUGGAGCUGCUUCUCUUCACGAGGAGACGGAGCAGCUUUACCUUUAAAGAAAGUGCGUAGUUUGAUCCUGUUAACCGAAUUAAAGCAUAGGCACAAAAGAUUUGAUUAUCAAAUUUACCCAGUCAAGCUCGAUUUCCCUCUUCAUCUUUUGAAAUGUUUAUUAAUAUUUAUAAUAAUGUGCUGUGAGUGUGCGCUAAGUGCACUUGAAGACUUGUACAAUUCUUUUAUGGGUGUAAAUAUACUGUCUAUCCAAUCUGACCCGCUGUUACCGUAACCUGAACAAUUGUUGUAAAAUAAACACUGUUUACUUUGCAAAUAUGUACAUAGUAUAUAUUUGUUAACUAAAUGAAUUUUGAAAUUGUAAAUAAAGCUUUCAUUGUUCCUAAAGGAAUAUACUGUUCA